AGCCAAAAAUUAUACCCCUCUCUACCCCCAACGGGAUAACCCUAAAGACAGAGAUCACGAGCAGAUGGCGCUGCAAGGGUUGAAAUUUACCCCACCCCUUACAUCCUAACUGGAAGAAUAUUUGCCGGUGUACUUCUCUCUAUUGCAUCACUGAACUUUAUUCAGAACAGAAGAAUCGAAGGCACGCUCUUAUUUAUAUUCGAAGAUCGAAAUAUUCAGUACUUGAAAAACGUGCGAAAAUAGAAGUGUGUUUUGUGCUUGAAUGAAACAUGUUUUCGUUGUCUGUUUGUGAUCAGGUGCGUUUUAAAACCAAAAAAGGAACGGUGUUUACAUCUUUGCCAGUAUACUUGGAGUUUGGAAAAAUUACAAAAGGAGAUAAAAACAGUAAAUAUGUAAACAGUGGUGACUGGCUCAAGUUGAAUGCUGGUGACUGGGAAUCAAGACAGGUAGCUUCACCUACAGAUCUUCUCCAUGCAGUUAUAGCACUGUAUAAUAGAUGUCUACCAGAUGUCACAGUUCAAUCAUUGUACAGAACAGUAUGCGCAGAAGGAACAAAAACGCUCCUGCUUCUGCGCGACACAUCAGAAAUCCUACAAGAGUGGGAAAGUCACCAUCUUCCGAGCUCAGCAAGUCAGUCCAGAGAAGACUCAUUAGGAGAAAUCAACAACAACCCUGCCUUGAAUGGAGAGAAUGGUCAAAAAGAAAUGACUUCAAGUACCGGGGACUCAACUGAUGGAAAUGUAGAAAAGACAGAAGACGAGAAACAGAAAGACAUCAUAACGUCACUUUGUACUUCUCCAAGGUCUACGCCAGAUUUUGAAAUCAGCAACCAACAGCACCUAAAUCAAAAACUUGAAAGCCCUAUCAUACGCAACAACACCCCAACUUCAAACGCUAGCCUAACAGAAGGACAUCUUGAAGAAGAUUGGCGACCAUGGACACCAAAAAGCAACAACUAUUAUCUAGAGAGGUUCCGCCCCGUUGAUAACAGCCCUGACAGAAUACAUAGUCCCCUUAUUCAGACUUCCAAAAAUCGGAAUCUUCCACUUGUGCAGAAUGAUGGUUGCAAAGGAGAUUCAACUGAUGUUCAUAUGGAAUCACCUUUCUCCGAUGUUUUCAGCGACACUGAAAAUGAAUCCGAGACAGGAAGUGAUAUGGAGGAAGAUGAUGAACACGAAGAUUUUUCUCGGGGUCUGGACGCUUUUCUGAAAGCUGUUGUGGAAAGAAAAAAAGAACGGCGAGUAGCAUUAGAAAGAUAUUCACUUCAAUCAACGCAUGUUGGUAUUGAGCAUCGUCUGAUCGCUGCAGCUACAUUUAACAAAAAUUACAGAAUUCCAGGGACAAGAGUAGUUUAUUUAUCUCUGCUGACAGUUCGAAAAAGAUUUCGUAGAUGCGGAAUCGGAAAGUUUAUUUUGAAGAAAUUAAAGAGUCCAUCACAAGUUGGACCCUAUGAUGCUUUGGUUGUUAGGGCAGAUCCCUCAGCAUUGAAUUUCUUCCUCAAAAACAGCUUCACGGAUGACCUUAUCCUAAACAGUAGAUUCAGAGAACUAGAAAUCGAAGGUUGUCCUAAAGGUACUUUGCUGUGCUACUUGCCUCCAUUUGAUGGUCACUAUCCUCCAUUGCCGGGAGCACAAGAUUGGAAUAGUGCUGAUGCAGUAGUAGCUAUGGAUGAAGAAGUAGAAAAGUGGAGGCAGAAGAGCUUAGAAGCUUAUCAAACCCAAGUUACUUGUUUAACUAGAUUACAGCAAGAAGUUUUGAGACUUCAUACAUUGUUAAAAAGGCAAGAUGGUACAAUACAGUUCCUGAGGAAAGAGAAUAACAGAUUGCAAAACAGAUUAACAAAAGUUGAGAAGAAAUCUGCACAAGCACUAAUUGAUGUGUUAGAGAAAGAAGCAGCAGAUUUUGAACGUUUCUGCAACAUCCAGUAUCAAGGCAAUGAAGGUAGAUGAUCACCAGAGAAAGAAAAAAUAAAUGAGUGUUGUUCAAUUAAUUACAUUAAUUAAAGUUAUUUUCAUAUCAUAUAA